AUGGCCGCAGUACAAACUCUCCCCAAGGACAUUUCGAAGCUCGGCCAGGAGGUCAAGCUUUUCGGAAAGUGGGAAACACAAGAUGUUGAGGUGAAGGACAUCUCCCUGACCGACUACAUCCAAAUCCGCCAUGCCGUCUACCUCCCUCAUACUGCCGGCCGUUAUGCGAAGAAGCAAUUCAAGAAGGCGCAGAUGCCCAUCGUCGAACGAUUGGUUGACAGUCUUAUGAUGAAAGGCCGCAACAACGGCAAGAAGCUCCUCGCCGUUCGCAUUGUUGCGCACGCAUUUGAGAUCAUUCACCUCCUCACCGACCAGAACCCCAUCCAAGUGCUUGUUGACGCGAUCGUGAACACUGGUCCGCGUGAAGACUCCACGCGUAUUGGUUCGCAGGGUACUGUCCGUCGCCAAGCCGUCGAUGUGUCUCCUCUCCGGAGAGUAAACCAGGCUGUUUCGCUGCUGACCACCGGUACCCGGGAGUCUGCAUUCCGCAACGUCAAGUCGGUGGCAGAGUGCUUGGCAGAUGAGCUCAUCAACGCAGCGAAGGGUUCAUCGAACUCGUAUGCCAUUAAGAAAAAGGACGAGCUCGAGCGUGUUGCGAAGUCCAACCGGUAA